AUGGAUUUACGCUUUCGCGAAAGGUCUGGCCGCGGUAUCGGAACGAAUCAAAGCCGGACAGCGCAUCGAAAACAACAACCGCGGUCGGCGACUAUAGUGCAGCGCGAUUGAAUCUGCAAGGCCACAGCGUCUCUACAAAGCCUUCUUCGAGCGGGAUAAGUUCGUUAGGCACAGCGGCUGCGAGUACUCGACUUUCCACAGGCACGGCCAUCAGUCACUCCACAGCGAGCACAAAUACCACGUUGUUCAACGCUGCUCAACCAGACCAGUGCUGGCAAGAAUGGCAAAGCUACUGGAACGCCAGCUCGAGCGGCAGGACACAAUCUACGACGUUCACCACAGCUAUCGUUCAAGAGUCUUACUCGGAUACGUGGCAAACGUAUCAAGUCACGACCACUGCUACGGAAAUGAACGGCAACUUUCCUACCAGGACUUACGUGACUGUCAUCACAACAUCUACGUAUCAUAUCACAGCAUAUCCGACAUACACUAGCACCGGGGUAGUAACAAGGAAAGCCAACGCGACUAUCACACCACCACCAUGCGCUCUAUCAUCUUACGUUUCCCAAUGUCAGUCCGCGUGGGAGGACUGGAUCCACGGCGAAACUUGGAAUACUCCAGACUGUACCCAAGCAAGCAUCACAGGCAGCCUCUGCUCUUCCUUACAAUCCAACUGGCUCGAGACAGAAGGAGUCGUCGGCGAAGUGGACGGCAAAGUCGGUAUGCGAGUAACCACAAUGACUCUGAGCAACACGACUGAGACAUCUUCCUGGUGGCCUUCUACGAGUAUUCUAGCGCCUGGUUGUUCGGUGGGAUGCCAGUCAUGUCGCGUCAGCGGAAGCAAUGUGCAGCUACUUUAUUGGCCUCCUGCUACGACAGCGUAUAGAAACGGUACUUUGCACGCUGUCACCGAGAGGGCAAAUGCGACAGGUAUCGUCACCGCUGUGGCGCACGGCACUACUUUGACAAGUCCGACGGUGUAUAUCUCCUUUGAUAGGCUGUACGCUUCUGACUCCUGCAGUGUAAGUUGUCCCUACCAGGACUUCUCGGUACACGACACAGCUGACAAACUCCAGGUCGUUGGAAGCACAAUCUACAACACGAUUGUAGCCAUUACCAACUCUGCCACCUUAUCCAGCUUGUACGGCUGGGCACGCUAUGGAGGCUUGCAGCAGACCGCCUCUUUCAACUUCACGGAUCUCUAUGUGACUCCAGUACCGCAGAGCAUCUACGCCAGCCAGCCACGAUGCGCGUCAUCUUCGAAUUCGAUCAACUAUUCGUGUCUCCGGUUCGGAACUACAGGCGGACCAUUAUGUGCAAGCGCGUUGGGCGGCGAAUUCGUAUGCGCGACGAGUCUGCCUUAUCAGCCUGUGCUGGCUAUGCCAGCGGAAGUGCGUGACCUGCAGCCUGAGUGGGCAAGUUGUCUGGGAGGGCUCGCGGGUGUUUAUGAGUGAGUAGACGCAACUUGGCUGCGGAGCAUGGGACGCUGACAGGCGAGUAGCCCACCUAGUGCUUUGCAUGCCGCGGUAUCGGCUGCAGCAGUGACUGUCCCAAAGGAGUCAACUGCUGCCAAGACGACGAGCCAAGCGGAGGUAGUAGCCACAACAAAGGCCUCUCCAUCUCCAACGAUCUCAGGCGCUGCUCCUGCUACGAAUAUGCCUAGCGCGUCCGCAGUACCUGCGCCAGCACAGUCAAGCGAAGAUCCAAUAGUUGCAUCGAGCACCCAGCAAGCCGUCGGCCAGAGUCAACCAGCGGCGAGCGAUGAGGCAGAUCCAGAAGCGGCUUCGUCUAACGCCCGGGACAUUCUUACGCAAGCACAGUCGGCACUUGGUUCACAAAGCAGUGCCAAUCUCGCAACAGCAUCAUCCCCCAAAGAUCCAUCUCAAAUAUCCUCCUUAGCAGCAGCUGUUUCUACCGUCACAUCCUCAGACGAUACUCAACCGCCAGAUGGACAAGCGUCGUUCUCUUACGAUCCCGCUACCAGUGCCUCAGGUGAAGCCGAGCCAACAGACGCGAUCUCUCCGGCACUAUCGGUCGUAUCUAACGCGCAGAGCAAUAGCCAAGCUUCAUCGUGGGAAAACAACAAUGCAGGAAACACGGCUGUCGCCGUUGGGAGCGAUGUGGUCGUCGUCAACCCAACCACGACCGCCGUACUGGAACCCGGAAACACGGCAAUCAUUGGCUCUCAAACUUUCAACGUACGAACCAGCGGCGUCGUAAUCGAUGGCUACUCUGCCUCUCUACUCGGAAGCAUAGCCGCGCCAACAGCCCAUGUCGAGAGUCCAGCUGCUGUCUGGACCGUCAGCUCGCAAGGGAUCACGGCUCAAAAAGAUCCGAGCGGUGUUGUGAUCCAAGGAGCAGGAAGUACGGCUACCGUAGCGCAAGGCAGUGAGGCAACCUUCGCUAGUCAUACCAUCAGCGUUGAAGCAAACGGGGCUGUGGUCCAUCUCGACGGCUCUUCUAUGACACUGUAUACCUCCGCGGCUGUAUGGACUCCCAGUGCAGAACAAGUCUCCGCUCACCUGGAGCAGAGCAACAUCAUCCUCGCAGGGCCAGAAAUAACAACAACCAUUGCAAGAGGCAGCAUCGCGACAUUCGCAGGACAAACCAUCAGCGCCGACCAGACAGGACCCGCAAUCCACGUCGACGGCUCUUCCAUCCCCCUAACCACCACGCCACAGCAUUUCUCCUACGCCCCUGAAACCAGCCUCGUGGGACUGGCACUCCCUUCCACCACCCUCCUCCCCGGCUCCGCAGCCAUAAUCUCCGGAACAACAUAUUCCCUCCCACCCAGCAACAGCGCGACCGAAAUCUACAUCAACGGCCACCAAGCCGCCACCCUCCUCCCCUCCGACCUCAUCACCCUCCCCAACGGCCUCGUCGCCACACCCACCACAAUUCAAAUCCAAAUCCAAAGCCUCCCCUCGUUCCUCCCCUCCGCCGACCCAACCCUCCUCCCGGGCUCCGCCACCGUCGUCGCGGGAACAACAUAUUCCCUCGCCCGCAGCGGCAACAGCGCGAACGAAAUCUACAUCAACGGACAUGCCACCUCCCUUACAAAUCUCCCCUUCAACACCCCCGCCCCUCCUCCGCAAGUGAUUACAGUCUCCAGCCUCCCGGCCCUCCUCGUGGGCUCCCAGACUUUCAUCCCCGGUGGUCCGGUUAUCACGGUUUCCGGCACGACGUAUUCUGCUAAUGGGACGUCGGUUGUCGUCAAGGGUCCGGAGACGACGUUCACGAGGGCUGUUACGGCUUUUGACUCGAAGGGGGCGGCGGAGGGGGAGACGAGUACGAUGAGUACGACGACGCGAGAGACGAGCGCGGGAACAACUUCUACGACGACAACAGGAGGAGUAGUUCCCUCGGAGACGACCACGGCUACGCGAUCAGGCGCGGGCGGUCUGUCGCCUUCUCCAGUGGUGGUGACGAUCUCGUUGCUAUCAAUGCUGUACGCAGCCUAUGAAAUCUUUGUAAUCUUCCGUGUAAAUAUAUAG